AUGACCGAUUCAAAUACGGAGGAGCCCUUGUCGACUACUACGUCUAGACUAUCAAUAUCUCAAUCGACAAUCGAAGAUGAUAAUACGAAGGUCAGAGCGCGAGAAUUGUUGAUCGAAGAGGUAAGCUUCGACAAAGAGCGAAGGAAUUCAGCAGUCUCAUUAAACUCCUUUGUUGAAGAAGAUAAUGGAAACGACCCACUCCAGCAGCUGCAACAACUGCAGCUGCAACUGGCAAAUUUGAUUUUGCCGAAAAAAAGCAGGCAUGAAAAACGAAGAAGGUCCUCAAACCACCUGCUAGUGAGUGGGAUUGGAGCGCAGCAGCCUCCGCAGAAACGAGAGAAAAUCCAUAAACGUAAACUCAAAGCGAUGUUAGCUCUGCCGAGUCUCACGUUGUUUUUGGAAGAAGAGAAGGAAAGCACGAGGUUCCAGUUUAGAAACGUGAGGCUGCUCAUCUUGCAGCUCUUCAAAGUCCCCGGCAGUGGGAAUCAAGUCAAAUGGUGCAAAGUUGAAAACCCCAAUGAGGUGAAAUGCGUAUGUGUCUGCUUUGCUCCAGGCUGCGAAUUUGAAGAUGAUAAGAUCAGGAACUCGCAUUCGCGGUUGAUUUCAAAUGAGCAGCUCAACAACACCCGCGACGAAUUUCCAUUCAUCUACAACAAUUUCGCCACCGUCGUCAAGUCUAUUUUACCCGGGGGUAAAGAUUCAGUUUUUCCUCCACUCGACGCGCUUAUAAACAUUCGAUUGACGAAAGCUGAGAAAAAGGCGGUGCUAGACAGGCUGAAGCAGGAAAAAAUCACAAUCAAUGACCUUUUGCUUCCUCUGGACAGUUUUGAACAAUUCAACUACCCAACUGCAAAGGAAGACGAAACUUGGCGCGAGACUCACCCCGCUUCAAGCCCCGGUAGCCAGUCUCGUAUUUUCGCGCUAGAUUGCGAGUUCUGCAAGGCCAACGAUGUCUCGGUCUUGACUCGCAUAUCUUUGGUGGACUUUGAUGGCGACGUGGUGUUUGAUGAACUAGUCAAACCAACCGAAGAAAUCACUGACUAUGUAACUCGCUAUUCUGGAAUCACGGAAGAACUAUUGAAGGAUGUCGUUACCACAAUACUGGACGCGCAAGACUUGUUUUUGAGGCAUGUGCACAGCGAGGACAUUUUGGUUGGGCAUUCGCUAGAGUCGGACUUGCGAGUCAUGAAAAUUUUGCAUAAAAAGAUUGUCGACACCUCGAUUAUAUACGAGCACAACCGGGGGCCCCCGUCCAAGCCAUCGUUGAGAUGGUUAGCUAAAACAUUCCUUGAUCGAGAUAUACAGACGGGGGAGGAUAACGGUCAGGGCCACUCAUCCGUAGAAGAUGCAAAUUCGUGCUUGGAUUUGGUCAAGUUGAAGAUUCUCGAAGGACGGUGCUUUGGUACUAAUGUCGAUGAAAUCUCCGUGUUUGAGCGUUUAAAAACCGCCAAUAAAGACCACCAGUCGAUCUUGGUGAGCUAUGGCAAAACGCAAGCAUUAGCGCAUUGUUUUGCCGAUAGAAAACCCGUCACCAACGACGACGAAGUGGUUGACUUUAUAGAGCAAACAAAAAUUGUGGAGCCCAGCUUUGUCGUGACCGAGUUGAGAGACUUACAGUACAAUUUGAAAUGGGCGUCGCCCUCAGAGCACUAUGACGGAAUCGUGGAUUACAACGUGGCGGCGGCACGACAACGAACAAACGACAGGAUCCAGCGGAUAUACAACCAACUCCCAGAGAACUCCUUAUUCAUACUAUGCUCCCAAUCGGGUAGUCCAUCCGAGAUGUACAAACUUCAGCACAUUAGGCGCAGUUUCCAAAAAAUGGAAAAAGAAGGUGUCCUUAAUUUAGAUACCUUGCCCAAGGAAGAGUCGUGGGAUCAGGACAAGCUCGAUAGUUUGAUUGCGGCUACACUGACGGCGCGAGAAGGUCUCACGUUUUUGAAAAUCAAAGAAGCAACGAAUCAACCCGAUUCAACUCAGCCUUAA